AUGGCUACAGAAGCUGCCGAUGUCAAGAUGGACUCGCCGCCCGCAAUUCCCGACGACGAGCCCAAGUACGGCGGCUACUCGAGAUUCGAGAUUGAACUCGAGUUUGUUCAAUCGCUAGCGAAUCCCUUCUACCUCAACCAUCUCGCGUCACAGAAGCUCCUCUCACAACCGGCUUUCAUUGCCUACUUGGCCUAUCUUCAGUACUGGAGCACCCCGCCAUAUCUAAAGUACCUGACGUAUCCGGGACCGACGCUGAAACAUCUCGAAUUACUACAAACAGAGAGAUUCCGAACAGAGAUAAUGAGCCCGGACCUGGUGCAGGCCCUGGUGGAAGGCGGCAUGAAGGCUGCUGUAGACUGGCACCGCGAAUGA